GACAAGCGUGCCCGUCGUCUGGCAAAGAAGAGACUCGGUACCUUCGGCCGUGCCAAGAGGAAGGUCGACGAGAUGACCAAGAUCAUCGCCGAGUCGAGGCGUGCGGGUCACUAAGCGUGUAUUUCGAUUUGCAUGGGGUUGAGCGGUCAACUGGGAGCUUUUUCCACUUCUUUCCGGGUGUUAGGUCUCUUCGGCGAGGUGAUACGACUUCGGAAAACUCGAAUACACACCAGGAUGACAUGAUAUCCACUGCAAAGCUUCAAAGAGGCGGAUACAUCACCAUGUCACCUAAAAUCAUGAAUAUGAAGAUCAACUCACUUCGAUGGCCAUGCGUAGAAUGCUGCCGUGCGGAGCAUGACGUCGAUAUGGAUAUAUCCAGGUGCCUCCUUCGGUCCCGAUGUGUUGUUAUGCACCAACUAUGUACCAAGCUUGCCGUUCAAAGUGGCCGUCCAUUCUACCCUGAUCUGUUUCUGUCAGGAAGCGCCAUGAUACGAGUAUUUUGCCCAAAAGAGUCGUUCAGCGUAUCAUCAUAUGCUUGCAUUUACAGCACCCAUUCGCACAUUUGAACUGCUUUACCAUGCUGGGACAAAUGUCUUCCAGCAUGCACUAGAUUAUAUGCUGAUCCCGCCCUCGAUACCCU